AAAGUAUGUGACAUAAUGUGCUAAAGUCUGGUUCGCUUACCAACGUGGAUGUGACCCUGGGAUGAAAACAACAGUUCUUUUUGUGUCGUUGUAAAGUGAUGGUUGACAACAGCAAUGCCAGAUUGGCGAUACAACGUGCUCUCGACCAACGAGGCAUUCAUAGACACUGAAGGGGCGCCCAUGCGUGACCCGUUGGCCGCCAGCUACCCGCGCCGCGCUGACCGCAGCAGACCACACCAUACCUGCCCGUACACCACAAUAUUCCUGGGUGGCCGCUCUCAUCAUGCUCCCUACAGAUUACCAGCUCUGCAGAGUGAUUCCAUUGAUCCCUAUGCAGAUGUUUACUCUGUGGACCGUUCAUCUAAUCUCACCGAUACUUCGAGUUUUGCACGAUACGAGGAUUGUCGCCCACACAUCGAUGAGAUCUUGUCAGAAUCCGAGGACCAAGCUUACGCUGAUGGAAAUCUGACGGAUAAUUUAACAUUACAAGUUCAAAAAGUGCCAUAUGCUUCAAGUGUGUUUUAUACCUCGGCAAAAACUGAAGCAGCACGGAAAGAGGUAGUGCAGAGUAAUGAUGUCUUCCUUGUGGAAGAAUCCGAUUCGGAUGCAUUAUCGUCGUGCACCUGUGACAGUUUUGAACGAUGCGAGUUUGAUUGUAGAGACUUUGAGCCGUUCUCGGACACGUGUUGUUGCGAUCCAUUAAGUGACGGUGUGUGUAGUCGAAGUCCUAAGGAUGUCGACUCUCCGGAACAUUUUUGUGAUCGAGUGGCGGAAGAGGAUGGUGUAUCGAACCGAAGUGAUAUGGACGGUUUGGACCUUGCCCUGUUUGAACCGGCGCAAACUGACUCUGGUGAAGGCGAGGAAGCACCGGCACAGACGGCUGCUGUAUCCGCUUCAUCCACUUUGUGCGGUGUGCUGCACGCUCUGCCUGACAGCUGCAUUGAUGGGGCGACAAGCGCGGUGGCGGGUGCGGCUGUGGGGGUGCCUCUAUCUUGGGAGCCAUUCUAUUGCGUCCUGCAGCAGGAUCGACGCAUCCUCACUGCAUAUACCAGCGAAGAGCUUGCUAGCAAUAAUAACGGAGAAUACUCUUCGAGAAGUCUUCCUCGCGUGAGGCUCGACAACGGUGCUAAUGUUGGCACGGCUGGUGUUAGACUCCGCUGUUGGGCAGCACCGCCAUCAAUAACAGAAGAAGACGUUGAAGAAGAAAUCGAAGAGGAUGCAGUUUCACUACGGGCAAUACCUGCUCAAGGUAAAUGCUAUUGGAUCACACGCUAUGAAUACGACAAUGCUGGCUCUUCGACUGAACUUUCAGGAAAUGUUAAUUGUAAGAAGUAG